AUGUCCCUUACCUUCAUUGCGCAUUCUGCGCGGGAGAUUGGCUCCCCGCGGCUCCCAUCGGGUGUGGCUCUUGAUCGGCCAGUCUGGAGAGCCUCGGCUUAACUUUCUGGGGGCCCUGCAUCGGCAACGGUCAGCCAGUGCGCUCCCGAGUUCCAAUACCUAAAAGCCAAACCCUCGUUUUCUUCUUAAUCAUCGGCUCCUACUUUGUGAUAACCAGCAUUCUGCAGCGCUUCAACCUAGCCCCUUGAAAACCAUCAUGUCCUCAUCGGGACCCUUCCGCAUCGUCGAGCAUGUGGUUCCCUGCCAGCACAUCCGAGAAUAUCCCGGUGCGACAGCAAAUGAACAAGAGGACAUUUUGAAUUUGGCUGUGAGACAGUACAUUCCCUUGGAUAAUCCUAGUCCCCAACCGGGGGAUGUCACUAUACUUGCGGCGCACGCGAACGGCUUUCCGAAGGAGCUUUAUGAGCCGCUCUGGGAAGAAAUACAUGCUCGGUCAAAAGCGAAUGGGUUCCGGAUUCGGAGCAUUUGGAUGGCAGAUGUUGCGCACCAGGGACACAGCAGCGUGGUGAACGAAAACCUACUGGGAAAUGAUCCCAGCUGGUUUGACCAUCCGCGUGAUCUCCUCCAACUUGUCAACGUAAAGCGGAAAGAGAUGCCGCGCCCCAUCAUCGGUGUCGGACAUAGUAUGGGCGGCGCACAUCUUGUUCAAUUGGCUAGUAUACAUCCUCGCCUUAUUCACAGCCUUAUCCUGCUCGACCCCGUCAUCCAACGACAAACAACCCAACUAGACCCCUCCGACCUAGGGAAGCAGAAACUCGUUAUCGCCAAAACCACUCAGCUCUCCACCUAUAGGCGCGACAAGUGGCCAUCCCGGAAGGCUGCCGCAGAAUCUUUCAAGAGAAAUCCUUUCUAUCAAGCUUGGGACCCUCGCGUACUAGAACGUUGGAUCCAAUACGGCCUCCGAGAUCUUCCUACACCCAUCUACCCCCACAAUGACCAAUCUCCCUCGACUUCUUCAGAGAAAGACACAAGCGCUGAAUAUCCUGUCACCUUGCGAACAACGCUCCACCAGGAAGUAUUCACAUUCUCCCGACCCAACUACGACGGGCCGCCUGGGUUUGCUGUCCCCGUAAACAAAGUAACACACCCAGACCUCGACCCAGACAUUGUAGGUUCUUGGCCUUUCUAUCGGCCGGAGCCGUACCGAGUAUUUACCCAACUCCCGCACCUCCGUCCCAGCGUACUAUAUAUCUUCGGUGGCAAGUCAGACAUGUCCCCGCCGACCAUGAUAGCAGAUAAAUUGAAUCAUACAGGAACUGGUCUCGGUGGGAGCGGCGGUAUACUGGCAGGGCGUGUCAAAGACGUGGUGCUAAAGGAGAACGGGCACCUCGUUGCGCAGGAAGCGCCGGUCCAAUGUGCCGAGGAAACUAGCAAAUGGCUGGGCCCGGAGCUGCAACGGUGGAAGGAAGACGAGAAGUUGUUCAGGGACCAGUGGAGCCGCAAGUCAAAGGUGGAGAAAAUGACCAUCGAUCGUCGCUGGAAGGAGCAUGUACCGGCUCCUGUGCGGCCCAAGAAGGAAGCUUCGAAGUCGAAGCUGUGAUGCGUUAUGCAGUUCCUAACGACACUAGUACAUACAAACUAGAGUAUCACGCAUUAGAAAUACACAUACACUAUUUCCUGAGUGGG